AUGCCUCCAGUUGAUGAAACAGGAUAUAGCGGCGCCUGUCCUUCAGAUCUGCGGCUUAGUAAAGCCAUAUCAACGGAAGAAAGUGUUGAAGAAAUACCCAAGUCUGGUAAGAUAGGAAUUUAACUUGAAUGACAGAUAACGAGAAAGAACAACCAACCACUUUUUUUCCUGGCAAUCAGUGGUUUCGCUACCUGUACCCAUGUACGCCCGCAAGUUGUCUAGCGUAAUUCAAUCAGUUAAUCAAAUAUUUAUUAUGUAAGGAUACAUAAAAGGAAACGUCGGAGGUUAUCCCUAUCGAGGACACUCCCUACAUAAUAUAUAAAAUAAAUAUACUACAAUGUAAAAUUUAAGAAUAAUUAAGAAAUGGCUAAAAACUUCUACAAAAUCAGUUUUACAAUACUUUCUAAGUUUACUUCAAAAAAUGCUGAAAUCCUGUUCGUGCACUAUUUAAUUAGGAAGAGCGUUCCACUGUUUAAUAAUUCUAACAAAGAAUGAGUGUACUUAUAAUUUGUUUAACAGUCUAAAUUAGCAUCUUGAAGUCCCAGGGGGCUUGAAGUCUCACCUAAGUUUGUGAGUUAAAUGAGGCAAAUUAGCUACAUACAAGAGCUUACAGUGACCCCAGAGAGGAUGUCCCCACCCCCCUCCUUUUUUCAGGGAGCUUAAGCAAAAGACUACGGCGACCACAACGAGAACGGCAAAAAGCAAUAGGUUUAUAUAAACAAAACAACAACUUUGUAAGUGAAUUACGCUUUUUUGUACACCUCUUUGCUGUCGUUGCACGACUACAACGUGAAUGUGCCCAAUUUCCCGUUUUGUCGAGGACGACCUGCAACACAAGACAACAACUUUUUUUUCCCGAAGUUCGUUACAGUCCUUUAGAAUUCAACUCCAAGAAAAUCUUCCAAAGCGUGAUAAAGUUUGAGGCAGCGCGAUUCACUGUUUUAAAACCUCUUUAUAAAGUUUGUAACAAAUUUUUGUUUUAAUCUGUCCGUUUACUUGAGACUACUGAAGCCACGUCUUUCGUCACAUGUUACUGAAAAAACUGUUCAGGAUUUUUGACUGUAAAACUAACAACUUCUGUUUCUAUCGGAAGUAAUUUGCUUUGACUUAAUGUUUUCCCUAGUGAGUUUUUUAAGGCUUGUAGGUAAGGAGUUCCAGCUGGUUUCAGCUUAGCCCCCUCCCCAAACACCCCCACUUCGAAACUUGCUCCGUGGUCCCUGAUAUUCCUUGGACUCAUCAAACUGCCCUCCUCCUCUUUAUUAAGAUAUAGCGGUAAUUGCACCCUAGACAGAUACAAAUAAGCAUUAAGAAAUUGUUGAACGAAUUUCUUUUUAGUACCACUACAGUCUUUAAACGAUGAAAGGGCACAAAGUGAAUCCCCUUUAGCCAGAACAGCAUCGGCUGCCCCAUUGCAGUCUUACGCUACUGUCUACAGUAGGCCUAACUCAAAUCCAACUGCUGAGCCAGAGAAAACUACUAAUAUGGAAACUACAGGGAAUGUGGAUAAACACAUUCCAACUGCAAAUGUCUGCUAUGGUGGGGACGUUGAAUUAGGAGAAGCCGUUAACCUCAAGACAGGAAGGCAGCUCUUCCGUUGGAAUCUGAUCUUUAAUCUCAUCUUGUGGAUCCUUGUUCCUCUUCCUAUCUGGUUGCCUUUCGUCUCCCAAGAGAUUUCGCUUUUUCUCCUUCCAAGCAUUCAGGGGGCCUUUAUCGUAUUCUGGAUUUGCGUCUGCUUGUUGGCCAUAAGAACUACAGCUGUCAUGUUUUGGCACAGAAAGACGGACUUCAAAUCCAAGUGCGACGAGUUGAUGAAGAAAUGUAACAAGGAUCCUGAAGCACAAACAGCUGACAAGACACCCAUCCAACACGUAGCAGUCUUAGCUUGUUAUAAGGAGCCUGUGGAUUUGAUUGCUGCUUCAGUUCAAACUCUGGCCAAUCAAACUGUUGCUUCCAGAGUAACCAUGGUGGUGUCAUUUGAGGAAAAAACUCCGAACCUGUGCAACAAACAGCAGGAUUUGGCAAAACUCUUCGGAUCACGAUUCCGUGAACUUAUUUUUGUUACUCACCCCUUUGGCAUGGAAGGAGAGAUCCCAGGAAAGUGUUCCAACAGCAACUGUGGCAUUAGGACAAGUAUAGCACACAUGAAGAGAAAGGCUGGCAGUAACUUUGAUCCAGAUAGGAUCCUUAUAACAACUGGCGAUGCAGACUCCAAAUUUCAUCCAAGAUACAUGGAAGCGCUGGAGUACAAAUACGAGCGAGAAUUCAUUAAAACAAAAGAUCUCGAUAGAAAGAUGGUAAACUGCUUGUUCCAGUCACCACUACUCUAUAACUGGAAUUUAGAUGCAGCAUCUGUUGUUACCAGAUUGACUGGCAUGUUGCGUGCAUUCCUCAUGAUGGGAGCCAUGAUUCCAUUUAAUGUCAACACUAUGAGCAUAUACAGCUUCUCAGCUUCUCUGUGCAUGGCUGGGCAGUAUAUCCAUCCUGCAUACCAGAUGGAAGAUAUAAUCGCUCUCAUAAGGUAAGAUGAAGCAACGUACAUACACAAAAAAGAGAACUGCACUCUUUUUGAACACCCCGUGUAUAAUCCGCUUAAGGAACACAACAAUUACUUUUUUCCUGAACUUUAUCCUCGGUAGUACAUUUAUAUCAUGAUUCGUGUUGCUAUAUUCUUUAUAUUGAGAAUCGCUAUGGCCGAGUGAGCAUGGCUAGUAUUAAUCAACUGAGUCAAGAAAGGCAAUUUACACCGAAAAAAGAUUGAAAAGCUAACUCGCACGCUAGUCCUUCGUCAGAGCGAACCAAGGAAUUGUACGUAGUGUGGUUCAUAUAUCGAGCGGCCGCGGAGCGAUCCUAUUUAAUAGUGUGAACUGGUAACAUAAAAAACAAGAAUAAUGUAGUUGAAUAAAAAGCGUUUAUUGAUUCCGAGGAGAUUUAGAGAACCGAUCUGAGACAUGAAUUUUAUUGCAGGUCACAAAGUUAGAUUUUUAGCAGGGAAGGUCAAUUUAUGGUACUGUUAUUGAUCUGUCUUUUUCCUUUUUGUCUGAUGACGUCACAGGUGGAUGGGAGUCUGCAAGAGACGGCUUCGCAUUGUAAUGGUUCCCGUACCCACUCUUUCCGGUCCAACAUCUGGAAGGGUGAUUGAGGAGGAGUUGGAGGAAUGGGCUCGACAGGCGCGAAGAUGGACCAUUGGAGCUGCUGAGGUGUUUCACUACUUCAUGGUCAAGUCAAACAAUAUUCCAUUCUUUACUGCCUUGUCCUGGGGAAUCACUUUCAUCAUCUAUUAUGGUAAUUACUUGUCUUUAUUUAUAAUCAUUAUCACUUUCACAAAAUUCUCCAAUUUGAUUGGCUAUCGGUAGCCCUGAUUUCAGCAUUAAUAACAAUACACCCUACAUGAGGUUCAACAAUGUAAUAGGACAACUCGUCACGUGACUCUCUUUGUCCCGUUGUCGAUUUUACGGAAUAAGCCGCCAUGCAGGGUUUUAUUUUGAAAAUAUAAGUGAUAUCACACAUUUGGAGCGAUUUUAAUCAAUUCGCUUAAUUCUGUCCAUCCCUUUUACAGGUAUUAUCUUGUGUUGCUCGUCACUCUACAGCGUUACGUUGGCGAUCUCCGUUAACUUUCUGUUUGUGGAGGUUCCAGUCAUCCUUGAGUGGGGAAUGUUAGCUUUCCUUGUGUUCAACUACGCUGUCUUCGCCUUGAUCUUCUUGUUGGAUCGAGUCACAGUCAGGCUGACGGAGCCGAGAGUAAAGGAGAGGAUCUCUUUUGUUAGAAAUCUUUACCAUUGGAUCGUAUCACCGUUUGUGCUGAUGGCCUACUCCAUAGUGGAACUGUACGCCCUACAUGAGGUCAUGAUACGAGGAAAGAAGGUGUGCAAGCACGGAGCAAGCAAAAAGGAUGCUCUUGGUUCUAAAUAA